AUGAUUAACCAUUUUUCACAACGCAACCCGCACGCCACCCGCACGCCGCCCGAAAAACGGGCACCGGAAGUGCGUCAUAAGUCACGUGACACCGGCCAUAAAAUCACCGCCAAAUUCAAAUCUCCUCACUUCGGUCGAGCACGGCUUUGGGGACACAUCACAUGCCGUCCUUUAAUGUUGCGCAACAGCAUUAUUGCGACACAAUCGUCCUUUUUGGGACGUCAUGGGGAGCCCAAAACUCCCCCCGUCCGGGGAAACACUUUUUCACUUCUUUUUGCUGACCGUGCACUUUUUCGUAAUACUAUUUUAUAAUAAAUAAAAAAAUUCCCACACCCCCACUUUUUUAUCGAGUACUUUUGUCCAUACACUACUCACAUCUUUGCAGAAAAUGCACCAGUAGAUGAGUACAAUAUUGACCACCUACAACAAAUUCAAUCACCACAGUACGCUUUAGAAGCUUUAGAUCAAUUCCCACCUCAUGUUAGAAAACAGGAUAUCGAUAGAGUGCUGUCUAAAGGAAGAUCCGAAACUGGAGGGCUUGACACUAAAAUCCUGAUCAAAGAAAAUGCAAGAGUUAUGCUCACAACCAACGUAGAUAUUAGCGAUCGGCUAAUUAAUGGGCAGUUAGGUACAGUAAUAAAAGUUUCUGUUGACAAUGUUAGUAAUAAACCCUCCACAAUUUUUGUUAAAUUUGAUGACAGUAACGCUGGAAUAUCUGCUAUACGAAAUUCGUCCAGUAGUUUUGCAAGAGAAAACAAUCUUGUUCCUAUCAAACCUGUAUUGGCGAGAAUUAAAGUCAGACCAGGAAAACCAUCAUCUCCUGAAAUGCAAAGAUUACAAUUUCCUGUAACUCUUGCAUGGGCAUGCACUGUUCAUAAAGUACAAGGAUGAACUCUAGAUAACAUUGUCGUCAGUUUUGAUUUAAAGAAGCAAAGGUAUUUUAACUAUGGUCAGGUAUAUGUAGCACUUAGUCGAGCAACGUCUUUAAAUGGCCUGCAUAUUUUAGGAACACUUGAAAAUAAACAUAUUCGAGCUAAUCCUAAAGUCCAGGAAGAAUACGAGAGAUUGUGUGAAACUUUGAGUCUCCACCCGCAUAUUACAACAGAUUUAUGUAACAUAGAAACUGUCUCAAUUUGUCUUUUAAAUAUUAGAUCAUUUAAAAAACACAGUCUUGACCUAAGUAAUGACCCAAUCUUGUCCAAAUGUGAUGUGUUUGCCCUUACAGAAACUCAACUUUUAACCAGUGUACCAAAUGAUGAUAUUAACUCAAUCCUCAACGAUUUUUCUAUACACAGACAAGAUCAUAAUUCUGACAAGUUCUUAAGUCUAGCUGUUUACUACAAAGACACUAUUACACUGUGUGAUACAGAAUAUUUCACUUCAAUAAAUGGUUUACGAUUUUUACUUAAUAACUCCGGUGGGAAUACCUUAUCCUGUCUACUGCUUUAUCGUAAGCACGGAGGUAACAUUCAGCAAUUCAUAGCUUGCCUUGAUUACAUAAUAACUAGCUUGGAUAUUGACGUUAUAUUUGGAGAUUUCAAUAUUGAUUACUUUAAUGAAAAGAACAUUUCUUCAUUGAAAGUACUCGCCGAGUCUUUAAAUUAUGUGCAACGUGUAAGUAAACCAACAUUUGUUUCAUCCGGAAGUCUUCUCGAUCAUGUUUACGUAAAACAGUCAAUAAGCAAUAAAAUAGAAGCAAACGUUGUAAGUGUGUAUUAUUCAGAUCAUGAGGCUUUACUGUCAUUCCAAUUGAAGUGUUCCUCAAAUAUUGAUUCAAUACAUUACCUCAGGCUGACCAAUUCAUUUCAUCAAGUUCCUCAAGAUAUUCAUACACUUCCUGUGAAAGAGCCAAUUCCAAGUAUUUGAUCAUUUCUGGUCACUUCCUUUCUAUUUAUGAUUGGUUAGUUGCACAAACAACAAAGGUGAUUGGUGCAUUCAAACUAUUCAACAGGAAGUUUACAAUUAUACUAGGAAGUGUAUGAAUAUUUCGAGGAAGUUGAUCGAAUGAAUUGGUCAGCCCGAGGUAAUGUAUUGAAUCAAUAUUUGAGGAACACUUCAAUUGGAACGACAGUAAGGUAACUGUAAGAUUUUGACAAGUAGUUUCAUUAAAAAUUUUGACAUGUAGUAUUACGCCAGUAGUUUCAAUAACGGUUCGGUAUAUAACCCAUUAAACUCGCACUAUUUAAUUGUAGCAGAAAAACUAAUCGAAUAUUAAAAAAUCGCUGAAAUGAUUAAAUGAAAAUCCAAUCUAGGAGAGACUGGGAUGGGGGAUUCUGGUACAUCCCCAAAGAGACUGA